UACGCGUAACCCUGACCAAAAGUAAAACGAAUGGUUACUUUGAUUUGACGAACUUUAUAGUUUAUUCCAUAUUCCCUGACCAUCUUCCCACUUUCCUAUCUUUUCUUCUUCAUUAAUCAAUAACAAUUUCCACUAUAAAAUUACUUCAAUUCCAUUUCCCAAAACUCACAAAACUGAAAAAUCCUUGUCUUUUUCUCUAAAUCUGUCCAAAAAAUCAUCUGUAUUUUUAGUACAAAACAAAUUAAGUAUGGCAGGAACAAGUAAUUAUCCUCCUCAGAUGGCUAUGCCUAUGCCGGUUGCAAAUCAGGUGGCAAUAAUAAGCCCACAAUUCUGUGCUCCAUAUCCAGUUGAUUUGAACAUCGUAAGGAAACUUAUGACUUUGUCUGAAGGUGCUUUCGGAGUUACCGAUGUCAAUGGAAACAUCGUUUUUAAGGUUAAGGGCAAGUUCUUUAGCCUUCGUGAUCGACGUGUUUUGCUUGAUGCUGCCGGUAACCCUCUCAUCACUUUUCAACAAAAGAUGUUGAGUGCCCAUAGGAGAUGGCAAGUCUACAGAGGAGAGAGCACAGACUCAAAAGACUUCCUUUUUAGUGUAAAAAAGUCUUCACUUCUUCAAUUCAAGACUAAAUUGGAUGUCUUCUUAGCACACAACACAAAAGAAGAUGUUUGUGAUUUCAGAAUUGAAGGCAGUUGGUUGGAAAGAUCAUGUGUUAUUUAUGCUGGAAAUUCUUCUACUAUAAUUGCACAAAUGCACAGGAAACACACUGCUCAAAGUAUACUACUUGGGAAAGAAAAUUUUGGAGUCACUGUGUAUCCGAACGUGGAUUACGCGUUUGUUGUUGCUCUGGUUGUGAUUCUGGAAGAGAUUAACGAGGAUCGAUCAGGUCAAGAUUAAGAUUAUGAUCUUUAACGUUGCCAAUAUCUGAUGUAUAUUAGCGUAUUUUGGCUUUAAUUGGGAGUAUAUACUUGAUUAUUGUUAGAUUUGCGUGUGUUGUAUAAGUGUGUAGCACUAUUUUGGUUGGAAGCUUUUUAGGCAGACAAAUUAUGAAAUGCUAUAGUGUACUUUUUCUGCGUUUCAUUAGGUAGUAAGUUAUUUUGUCU